AUGUUGAUCAACUGGCUUGUCUUGCUGAUAUCUGCUGUAAUCGCCAGUUCCUUCGGCUCGGCGAACCCACCGUCUCUGGCCCAAUCAGCACCGGCCAUGAGGGCAAUCAUAAAAACAUUUACAUCCACAUCAGACCUCUGUCCGUCCUCACUAACUCAGUGUGGCUCCAUCGACUGCUACGACCGCGCAACCCACAAAUGCUGCCCGGGCAAGAAGAACUUAUGCGGAAUGACCGAAAACUGCGUGGAGGUGCAGCUUGCAAACAACACAAUAGCACACGGCUGCUGUCCUUCUGGUAAUCUCGCAUGUGGCGACACCUGUUUCGACACCACAACCUUCAAAUGCUGUGCCCAGCCAGUGGGGGCUUUCGGACUCUGUCCUGCGGGCGCAGAUUGCUGUGCAGAUAUGUGCUGUGAGGAAGGACAGGUCUGUGCAAAAGCUGUGCUUGGACCUCGUUGUUGGCCAAAGACAGCACUGGGUGACUUGGGGGAGAAUGAAAAGCCUCUAGCGGCCGCGACGAGUGCGGCUGCUGCUACCACGCCGGUGUCGGCAACGAGUGGUGGCGACACGGUCCAAGCCAGCGUCAACGUGUCAACGACGAAGAGUAGCGGCGGUGCCAGACCUGUCGUCCCACGGCUGUUGUCAACUCUCCUACUCUUUGUCCCAUCCGUGCGUACAAGCUACAUCUUAAGCCCUGUAAAUCUUGAGUGCGACAUACCAGAAAUUAAAGACCCUCGAGAGAGCCAGUAAGUUGCAGGAUAGCUCGAAAAGCACGGCAAGGACUGAUGACGUAGCAGAGUGGGAUGCGGAAGGUGAUCAGUCCGACAAGAAAGGUGCUUCGAGCUGGAUAUGACGGCGAAAGUGAGUAGCUU